AUGCAAUACGAGUUAUAUGAUCCGCCAUCCGACGCAAUAUCGUCUGUAGUAUUUAGCCCUACUAAUCCACACCUGUUACUGGUGGCCUCCUGGGACAAGAGUGUAAGACUCUAUGACAUACAAAACAACCAACUACGACAAACGUACGCGUGCAGUGCAGCCGUACUCGACUGCUGUUUCUCAGAUGGUGCACAUGCAUUCAGUGGUGGAUUAGAUAAGAGUCUGACCAAAUUCGAUUUUAACACGACGAAUGAAUCCAUUAUUGGAACACACGAUGAUGGUGUCAAAUGUGUAGAAUACUGUAAAGACAACAGUGUAAUUGUCACUGGAUCAUGGGACAAGACUGUUCGUCUAUGGGACAUCCGUGAAAAGGAUGCCUCAAUUGGUGUUCAUGCACAACCGAAUAAAGUUUUCGCAUUAGACGUAGUUCAAUACAAAUUAGUAGUAGCAAUGGCCGGAAGACACGUGUUUAUAUAUGAUAUACGAUACAUGGCCGAGCCAAUACAACGACGGGAGAGUAGUCUGAAGUUUAUGACCCGCAGCGUAAAAUGCAUGCCCAAUGGACAAGGUUAUGCCUGUAGUUCAAUCGAGGGACGUGUGGCUGUCGAAUUCUUUGAUCCUGCACCCGAUGUGCAAGCGAAGAAAUAUGCAUUCAAGUGUCAUCGUAAAAUAAUAGACGGCGUUGAUACUGUGUACCCCGCAAAUGCGCUAGCAUUUCAUCCAAUUCACGGUACGUUUGCAUCAGGCGGCGCGGAUGGGAUAGUCAACAUCUGGGAUGGUUUCAACAAAAAACGUCUUCGCCAGUACCCUCCGUUUCCUACCAGUGUCGCCAGUCUAAGCUUCAACUUUGAAGGAAAGUAUUUGGCAAUAGCCAGCAGUUAUACGUUCGAAGAAGGGGAGAAAGAUCAUCCACCGGAUUCUGUGUAUAUUCGUCCUAUUGGUGAGAAUGAAUGUAAACCCAAAACCGUGGCCGAAUCUGCUUCGACCUAA